ACGUAUUAAAUUCCACAAGAUUUUCAAUUGCAAAAAACAGAGAAGACAGCAGUGAAAUCUCUUUAAUGAGCUGUCAACUCGGUCAGACUGGAUGCAGUAGCAUGCCACAAGCCGUCGCCUGUUGCAACCAGCCAGACGAUGUCGGCCCACUUUGUUAUGCCAUGGGUCCGUAUCCGGAUGAGGUUAUAAUGCUGGCCCUCGAUCGAGUUCUCUACUAUUUGGGUGCAACUAAGAUUCUGCAUCAACUGGAAUUGACAUGCUCGUCUUCCACAGUCCAGGAAAAGGAGAGUGCUUCUCCAGCAUCAAUCCCUGCUCCGCCGUGUACAGUGGCCAGCAGCACUUCGACCUGCAGCCUCAUGGGUAAAAUUGACGUCUCCAAGUGCAGCAGCAACAGCAGCAUCAGCAAAUACACCACAGCCAAGUCGAAGAACAGCGUCGGAGACUUCACAUUACCUAAAACAUCGAGCCUUAGAUUGAAGUCAACGAUACAGAAGGUGACAAUACCGGCUUGCAAUUCACGUCCGCGUACACCACGCGUGGACUUUGCCCAUCCCGUAGUGGACAACCGCAUUAAAUCCGGCGGACCUUCGAUAUCGACUCGCAUGAAACAAUCCCUCUCCACCUGCUCCUUGGCGUGUCGCAGGCUCACAGAUAAGCUAUCUGCCAACUCUCUUGACAAGCAUCAGCGUUGGGUUUGGACGCGUCUGGUGCACUCGGAAAAUGGCUCCAAGGUAUACGAAGUUUAUCAAAACUCCAACACCAACAAGAAGCCCUGGAAAAUGUCCGGUCCCAAACAACCAGUCAUUGUCUUUCUCGUUUUGCCCAAUGGCCACGUGAUGCCUUUCGAAACAAUCUCAUCCAAUUUGGCGGAAUAGGUUAGUCAUUUAUCUCAACAGAUAUUUUAAAUUGUAUGAACAAAUGCGAAAUUUUUGUGUGUUCAUUUAUAAAUAAGUAUCCAUUUUUUACUUAUGUUAUGUGAAAUAUUUUAAUAAUAAUCAUGUGAAUCUGUAAUUUUAAAAACUUGUCUCU